AAGAAGAAAAAGAAGGAAGCCUCAGCUGUGGUGUGUUCAGCCAGUGAAACCAAGAGCAGGGGCUGACGUGUUGCUUGUUCCUCUUCACAGCAGCUUGAUGCGCACAGCUCAAACUUCCUCCUUCAAGUCCAGUGUGCCGCCGCUCCGCCGCCCCGUUCACAUCUGCAGCGCCGACCCCGCGAGCGGGUUCGGGAGAAAUGGACGCCGCACGCGAGGAAUGAAGAACCUUCUCGACGGCCGUCAUCGUCUGAGCCCAGAAGAUCCCCGCCGAGCAUAGAGACAGACAGACAGACAGACAGACAGCCCGCGUUUCCAACAGACUCAUUAAAAGCAGACGGCAUCAUGGGCUGUGUGGGCUCAAAGAAGGAGCAGAAGUUCCCCAGCAAAGACACGGAUAACAGCGACCAGCAGAACAGAGCUCAGGUACACUAUGUCAGAGACCCCACCUCUGGAAGCAAAGCUGCCGCCAAAUUGCCCUCAAAUGCAACCUCUUCGGAUGGUGAGAGUGAUGCCAUUGCACUGUUCGACUAUGAAGCGAUUCAUGAAGGAGACCUUGGCUUCAAGAAAGGAGAUAAACUCAGAAUUUUGGAGGAGUCAGGCGAGUGGUGGAGAGCCAAGUCCAUCAGCACAGGCCAGGAAGGCUACAUCCCCAGCAAUUAUGUAGCCAAAGAUACUCUGGAGACAGAGGAUUGGUUCUUUAAGGGUGUUAGCAGAAAGGACGCCGAGAGGCAACUCCUGGCUCCAGGGAAUCGAGUCGGAUCCUUCAUGAUCCGAGACAGUGAGACUACCAAGGGUAGCUACUCUCUGUCCGUCAGGGAUCUCGACCCCCAGGCUGGUGACACAGUUAAACAUUAUAAAAUUCGAACUCUGGACAACGGAGGAUUUUACAUCUCACCACGCAUCACCUUUGCCACUCUGCAAGAGAUGGUCAGCCAUUAUAAGAAACAGGGAGACGGCCUCUGCCAAACUCUGACCAACCCAUGUUUGAGCCCAAAACCUGAAAAGCCUUGGGAAAAGGACGCCUGGGAAAUCCCAAGAUCUUCACUUAAGUUAGAUAAGAGACUUGGUGCAGGACAGUUUGGAGAAGUUUGGAUGGCUACAUACAAUAAGCACACCAAGGUAGCUGUGAAGACCAUGAAGCCAGGCAGUAUGUCAGUGGAAGCCUUCUUGAUGGAAGCCAACCUGAUGAAGAGUCUACAGCACGACAAACUGGUUCGACUCAACGCUGUGGUCACCAAAGAAGAGCCCAUCUAUAUCAUUACUGAGUAUAUGGAAAAAGGCAGUUUGUUGGACUUCUUAAAGAGUGACGAAGGCAACCGUGUCCAGCUUCCCAAGCUUAUUGACUUCUCUGCCCAGAUUGCAGAAGGUAUGGCAUACAUUGAACAGAAGAACUACAUCCACAGAGACUUGAGAGCUGCCAAUAUCCUGGUUAAUAAGUCCUUAGUGUGCAAAAUUGCUGACUUUGGCCUUGCUCGUAUCAUUGAGGACAAUGAAUACACAGCUAGAGAAGGAGCCAAGUUUCCAAUCAAAUGGACGGCCCCUGAAGCCAUCAACUACGGUUCCUUCACAAUAAAAUCAGACGUCUGGUCCUUUGGAAUCUUGUUGACUGAGAUUAUCAGUUAUGGACGCACCCCCUACCCAGGAAUGACUAAUCCAGAGGUAAUCCGUUCUCUGGAGAAAGGUUAUCGAAUGCAGCGCCUUGACAGCUGUCCCACUGAACUUUAUGAGAUCAUGCUGGAGUGCUGGAAGAACAAGCCAGAGGACCGUCCCACCUUCGACUACUUGCAGAGUGUCCUGGAAGAUUUCUACACAGCCACAGAGAGCCAGUACCAGCAGCAGCCAUGAGACAUGAUCCAUUAAUAUGUGCUGAAGGUUCAGCAUGCGUCUGCAGUGGUGCAGUUCAGGCCACAAACCCUUAUAGUUUAGCUCUCUGUUUAUUUACACACACGGCACAGCAAUAGUAGGGACUGUACAGAAAUUACUAGCCGAUAAUUACGUUUACUUUUGAAAGAUAUGUCUUCACAGGUUUGCUAUUUAAUAAAAAGCUCUAGUUUCAAGAGAGAAUGAGCUACAGGAUUGGAAAGGUUUCGCUAACAUAUCAGUUUCUAAAAGUGAAACUCCAUUUGUGUCCACAAAGACUGCCUAAAAAAUGUGAUACUAUUUUUAUACGUUUUAUUUAAAUUGAGAGUGGCAAUAAUUCCACAGCACUAAAACUCCCAACUCAAAAGAUUGGAAGUGCGUCCUAUAUGUCAGAGAUAGAAACACAACUCAGACAUUUGUUGUUUUUCUCACAAUAUAAUCAAUUUUUUCUUACAUGUUCUGUUUAUUGAAUAAAUAGUUUAUUACUCAAGGCCGCACAAACUGCAUAAAGCUUUGUUGAUAAAUUAGUGCUUUAGCUCCACCUUGUGGUCUGGAGUUUAAUAGAGCCUCAAAAGUUUGGCACAUACAGGCAGCAGUCUUGAAAACAAGUGCAUAGCACAUAAAAUGUUAAUAUUUAUUAUCUGAAAAUUCACCAUAAACCCUCCAGAUGCACCACAAUCAUUACGGGUAAAGUGUUCAUUGGUGCUUUUCAGAAAUACACAUCAGUUUUGGCCUCUGAAGAGCAGCACUUCAAAGAACAUUUUUAUCUAAUUUAUUUACUUAGAUGCAUUAAAUACACACUGCGCUAUACGUUUGGAGCUCGGCAAAUUCAGAACAAAAAGCAUUUCAUUCGUGCCAUUGUUUUGAUGUAAUUAUCGCUAAUGAUAAUUUGUUCUGUAUUGGUAAGGUUUUGUAGUCCUGCUGUAACUUUUAUACAAUCCCUAACUUUUUAAAACAUGACCACCUUCAUCAAGCUCAGCAGAUAUUUUCAGUACUAACUCAGAAUUACAGAAAUUUACCAUGUGAAAAAAAAAAACAUAGGCCUGACCAUGGUAGCAAUUUUCUCUCUGCACAUGUUUCCACAUUAUUUGUGGCUUAUUUUAGCAUUCCUUAUUCACAGUGCCUUUGACAGUGGCUCUUUAAUCCACGUUCAAUCAGCAAUAUAUUCCAUAUGAUUUGUAUAUACAGAAAAGCACUCAGUCUUAGAUUUAUUCUGCUUGUUAAUUCUUACAUAUAUGUUCUUUAUGACUUAAGUUAUUUUUAAAAAAAAAGCAGUUCAUACUUAUCUCAUUAAUAUUGUCUUUAAAAUUAGAAAUCUUUUAUAAGUUUGUAUGCUUGUUUUAGCGAAAAGCAAUGACUGAUGCUUACCCAUGAAUUUUUAUAGUGCUGGGAGUUGGAUGUAAAUUGCACAUAAACAUUCAGGAUUAAAAUCCUGAACAAGUGAGAUUCUAUUUUGAAAGACAUCUACGCAAUAGUGUAUCAGAAAUCUCUCUUUAAGUGUAGAGACAUAUAUGAAUGAAGCACAGCAAUUGCUCAAAACUGUAUAUAAUCAUUUGGUGAAGACUUUUUUUUCUGUUUUUCAAUGUGAAUCUCUUGACAGUUUGUGAAUGCUUAUGUGCAACUCUUAUGACAAUGGUUAAAUAAAAAGGUUGAAAGAUUG